AUGCCCUACCCUCGUGCUUUGGUACAUCACUGUCUCUUCGCUUCGGAGCAGGAGGAUGAAGAGGAAGACACGACUAUCUCGCUCACGACCAUGCUUGCUGCCUGCGCCUCUUCUGUCACGCCGUUCUAUCAUCCGGACUCUGCUGGCGACAAGGUGUUCUUCGAUGAAGAAGCGAGCCGGCACGCAGAAAUCCUGAUCAAGGCUUGCGGGUUGGACCCCAGGAAGGCGACCUUCGCGGAUAUGGAGGCGCUGAACGUGCGUGUGGAAUGCGUCCCGUGCAGCAAGAGGCAGCGUCUCGGGAUGGGCUGGCGGACCGCACUCCUUCAUUCGCUCAAGAAGCACUACGCGACGGACGGCGGGCCCAUUACCGCGCACUGGAGCGUUGUUAGAGACACCGACGAUCUCGAACGGAUAUAUACGGCGGAAGACCAUGCGCACCGCUAUAGAUGGGGCGUCAAGAUACUUCGCUGCCCCGUCCGCGGAUGCAAGACCCAGUUUGUGGGGAACGAGCGCGAGUCGUAUGGUAUCGAUUGGCACAGGGCUGUUGCCCAUAAGGAUCUGUCGUGCGCCUCGAAUCUGUCGAUGGUGUGCGGUUACCCGUCUGCUGUGCGCUUCUAG